CUGAUGUUUAGAUCACUAACUAAAACUACCUAAUUGUCAUUUCAGAUACCACUAUCUGUUUAAAGAGUCCUAAUCUUAAUCAUCGCGACCCAUCCCAGAAAUGCCUCCAUCACCACAUCCUCGCUCAAUCACGGGCUUCCUUGCCACAGCGAAGCGAGCCUUGGUCGCGCCCAAGAGCACGCGGCAAGCUCCUCUCCACCUUGUGGUUGGCAACGAAGCUGCUGACCUCGACUCCUUCUGCUCCGCCUUCCUGUACGCCUAUCUGCGAUCUCACACUGCCCCAAACUACACACUACACAUACCGCUUGCAAACAUACCGCACGAGGAUAUCCAUCUCCGCAGAGACGUCGAGUCGGUAUUUGCCACGGCCGGUGUGCAACGCGACCAGCUCAUCUCGUUAUCGAAUCUCCCAGGCGAAGAGGACCUCAGGCCAGAGGACACAAAAUGGAUCCUGGUCGACCACAACGAACUCACGGGGCCCUUGGCGCAAAGAGGGUUUGGAAAAAGUGUCGUGGGAUGCAUUGAUCACCAUGUCGACGAGGGCACUGUAUCCGUGGACACGGGAGAUGAGCCAAGGAUCAUCAGGCCUUGCGGGAGCAACGUGAGCUUGGUGCUAGAAUAUUGCCGGGAGACAUGGAAUCAGAUCUCUCGUGGAACGAGCGACUCUCGAGAGGAUGCAGACGCAAUCCAGCCCGGAGGCCCAAGUGUGGCGGCACAGUUGGCUCGCUUCACGAUGGGCCCGGUUCUGGCCGAUACACACUGCCUAAAAUCCAAGUCAAAGACGACGCCCCUGGAUAUUGAGACAGCCGAGAUGCUUGAGGAGAGAAUCAAGUCUGAGAAGCUAGAAUACGAUCGCGAAGCGUACUUUGACGAACUUGGUCAACUUAAAGAGGACAUAACCGGCUUUAGUUAUCGCGAUGUUCUGCGAAAGGAUUACAAGGAGUGGACUUCUACUGACCAGGAAGGCACGCAGCGCCUCGGCGUUUCGUCGGUGCCUCAAGGCUUCAACUACUUGCUUCAGCAUGUCGGACCGAAAGAGGACCUCUUCAGAGACGUGCGCGAGUGGGCCAAGGAGCGUCAGCUUGACCUGGUAAGCAUCAUGACGGUGCAACCCGACGGGGAGCAGUUGGCACGUGAGUUGUUGCUAUGCGCGUUCAACAAGCGAGCGAUCAUUACAGCUAGGAAGUUUACUGAAAGAUACACCGAGGAACUCCACCUCGAAACUUGGGGCGAGGGUGGCGAGCUUGACGAUUACGGAGAUGAGGACGGCCGGGUGGAAUGGCGCAGGUGUUGGCACCAGCACAACAGAGAGCACAGUCGCAAGCAGGUUGCUCCCAUGCUCCGGGAGACGAUGAAGUCUGGUGCUUGAAGUGCUGGUGCUCUUCGGGUGCGGCUCACGUUGUCCAUGCGAAAUCAACAUACUACCCUGAAUACAGAUACCCAUAGUUGAAAUUGUAUCGGCUCAUAUUUUUGUGGAGAAAUCAAAAAUCAGA